AUGCGUCUGGUACCGAUGAUCUUGAUCGGACACAGUAUGGGUGGACUGGUUGUCAAGAAGGCCUUCAUACUUGGCCACCAGACAAAGGAGUUUGAGGAUCUCGUGCGCAACAUAUUUGCCAUCUUCUUCUUGGCGACACCGCACCAGGGCGCCGGAAUAGCAGAUACCCUUGGUAGGAUACUUGCACUGGCCCCUGGCUCCAGGCCCUUUGUUCAAGAUCUCUCUCCAGAAUCUCCAGUGCUCCAAUCCAUCAACGAAGACUUUCCCCUCUAUAGCAGCUCGCUGCGACUUUUUUCGUUCUAUGAGAACGAGCCUAUGAAGAUCGGCAUUGGGACUCAACUGAUAGUCGAAAAACAUUGUGCCGUCAUGAAUUACCCAAACGAGCGAAGAACGUACCUAAAUGCAAAUCAUCGCAACGUUGCAAAGUUUUCGCUUCAGACCGAUCCAUCUUACCUGGCUGUUAGAAACGCGUUAGCAACUACAAUUGCUACCAAACGAACGACUAAGGCGCUAUUGACUGAGAAAGCGGGAUUUGAGCAAAUGGCAACGCUCGGAACUUUCCUGAGUAUAACCGAGACCCCCGAUGAGGAGCUAGAAAGCCAGUCGCUACGACUGUCUGAGACAUGCGACUGGUUUCUUGAGAGGACUACAUUCCAGGAAUGGAUAAGCGCAGCCAAUUCGAAGACCUUGUGGGUACGUGGUCGACCUGGUGCUGGCAAGAGCGUUCUUUCGGCGCACGUUAUCCAUCACAUCCAAGAGCUAGGUCUCGACUGCUCUUUUUACUUCUUUGUGCAAGGAGACAAGACGAAGGCCACGAUUAAUACAUUCCUCCGAUCAAUGGCCUGGCAAAUGGCGAACCAACAUCCUCCUUUACUAAGUACUGUUCUUGAGAUCGCAACGAGCUCGCAAACCCCAACGAUAAACAAGACUGAUCACGUGGCCGUAUGGCGACGAUUGUUUCUGAGCGGCAUGCUAAAAUGUCGUUUGGACAGACCACAGUACUGGGUAAUCGACGCGGUGGAUGAAUGCAAAGGAGGGUCUGAGCUUAUGACGCUAUUAGCGAAGAUGCAAGAGACUUGGCCAAUCUGUCUCCUUGUAACAUCCCGGGACUCAUUCGACAAAUAUGCAGAUGGUGCAAUCCAGAGGACUGAGGUCGCAUCAGAGACUAUCGAAGAGGAAGACACCAACAGAGACAUUGCUCAGUAUCUACGUUCUUGUCAAGAUCAAUUGCCUGCGACAGGGGCGACGGAGCGCGAAGCGAUGGCCCAAGAGAUUCUCAAGAACUCAAAUGGCUGCUUCCUCUGGGUAACUCUAGUUCUGAAAGAACUGCGCCAGGUCCAUACAUCUACCGAGAUUCGCAAGGUUCUUUCGAGCAACACCGCCGAUAUGGAUGAGAUGUACGGUCGAAUUCUGGGCGACAUGGCGAGUGCUAAAUUCGGAAAGGAGCUUGCAAAGGCCAUCUUAAUCUGGACUACCUUUGCUUUCCGAUUUCUCUCGACAGAUGAGAUGCACUGUGCCAUUGAACUUGAUAUCAAUGAUAACAUCGACGACAUCGAAAGAUCCAUUAGCACGUGCUGUGGCAAUCUCGUAUACGUAGAUCGCAGCAAAAAGGUCCAAUUACUCCAUCUUACCGUUAGAGAUUUUCUCACGCGCCAAGGCAUGAGAUCAGAGUUUCAGAUUGAGCGAGCUACCGCACACAGACGUCUUGCAUUAGUUUGUCUGCGCUACCUGACACGUAUUCAAACACGUCCAACACAAUCUCGGAAGCUCAGCGUGAACCAAGACCAGGAGAAGCCUCGGUUCAUGGACUACGCAAGUGAGUAUGUUUUCCAGCACAUAUUCCACGUGAGUUCCAAAGACAACGAAGUUCUGGUAUUGUUGGGAAAAUUCAUGGGAUCUGACUGCGUACUGAAAUGGAUCGAACAUUUAGCCAGGAAGGGCGAUCUUGAGAAGGUCUUCCAAGCAGGGAAGACUUUGAAUAAUCUCCUAGGAAGAUUGGCGCAACACAGUCCACUAGUCGGGCUGAGGAAAGAGCUUACCGUCUUGCACAGUUGGGGCAACGACCUAACCCAUCUGGUUACUAAAUUUGGAAAAGAGCUUUCUUUCUCACCAUCAGCGAUACACCGCUUGAUACCACCCUUUUGUCCAGUAGAUUCAGCACCGAGCCGACAAUUCUCGUCACCCCAUCGAGGGCUGAGCGUCCUUGGACAAAGUUCUGAAGGUUGGCAAGACUGUCUUGCAAUUCUCAAUUACACAAAGCCUGCUCGACCGCUCACUGUAGCUACAUCCCAAAGGUUCUUUGGUCUCGGGUUAUCUACAGGCAAAGUCAUGAUAUACGAUGACGUUACUUGUCAAGAAGAAACUGUCUUGCAGCACGGAGAGCCAGUAUGGGCUUUGACCUUCAGCGAUACUGGAAUGAUAUGCGCUUCGGCUGGGGCGAGAUCUGUCAAAGUCUGGAACGUUACUGAUUGGACUGAGAUGUUCCGCUUCACUAUUCCGGUCAUGUGUCUCUCGCUUGCGUUCAGUGGAGAAGACAUGCUUUUGUUUGCAGCUACCAAGAAGAAUGAGCUGAUGUGCUGGAAUCUUGCCAACGGUGGCGUACAAGAGGAUGUGGCUGACUGGACCAUUGAGUUUGAUGAGCAGUCUAGCUUGCAGUCGAAACAGCCUACACUAGCAGUGUUUUGUCCUCAGCAAAGCCUGCUAGCUGUUGUUUAUCGCGGAGAGGACAUAGUCCUGUGGGACUACGAGCGAGAUCGUGUAUUUGACCUCUACGACAAAGAGACAGGCUCAACUUUACAUGGUCCGAUGAAGGUCUCGGAUGGCAGUACAACCGUGUGGAGCAUCCAGUUCAGCACACUCAAAGAUGAGACUUUACUUGCUGCUGCCUAUUCCGAUGGUGAUCUUGUCAUAUAUGACACGCUCCAUGGAACAGUCCGAGACCUCAUAGUAGGCGUCAACGCGCAGAAGCUGUCAUGCUCGCCUGAUGGGCGCACACUCGCGUGCGCGGAUUCGCUUGGUACGAUUCAACUUUUCGAUAUGGAAACAGUCAAACUUUUGUAUCGACUGGAGUUUGAAGGCGACGCCAUAGCACCUAGAACACUUGCAUUCACUUCUGACAACCACCGAAUCAUUGAUAUACGAGCAAAUCAAUGUCGACUUUGGGAUCCUGCUGUAUUACUUCGGCAAGACAUAGACGACGAGAAUAGCGAUACUAUCUCAGUAUCUACAGCACCGCACGAGGUCAGCUUUCGCGGAUCCAUGUCUACUCAUAUAACAACUCUCGAGUGUGUUCCUCUAGUACCUAGUGUCUUCUGCGGUAAAGAAGAUGGGACGGUGCAUGUUUACGACAUCUCACGAGAACCCAAAAGUACUGAGUUAUUUCAACAGUCUGUUGGCAUUCCCAUCAUCAUGCUUCAUUUCAAUGCUGAGAGCACAGUUCUGGCUUGCAGCGAUGCGGCCAGCAGAGUAACGGUCAGAAAUGUAAAGCGAAGCGGACGGAAUAACUGGGCUGUAGCCACUCCAACUGUCGACAUUGUAGUUGGGCGCGGGAUCACGGGGUUGAUGUCAAGUGCCAAGCACUCUCGAUGUUUAGUCGCAACAGACGAAGAAGUAAAUCUCUGGCUGACUUCAUCGGAUACUAGUCAGGAUUCCUUGGUUACUCUGCGGCCUGACCACAAGGGCGAGUGGAUACAACAUGGGACUAACGCGGACGUUCUCAUAUAUGUGUCCGCAACUUCUGCCCAGAUGUUCUCCUGGACUACACUCGAGCUAUUACACACCCUUUCGUUGAGUAGUAUGACCGAGCCUUUCACAGCGAUUGGUCGUACACGUUCGCUCCGCCACCCUCGUUAUUUUGUCGGCGUUUCGGUGGAUCCGUCGCAUACACGAUCGUCGCAAAACGUCAUACGGAUCUAUGACUACAAGGACUUUAGCUCCGAAGCGAAGGAUGUAGAUCAUGUACACGACCUCGGAACCUUGUCAUCCGCUGUAAAUACGAUCAUCGGCAUGUUCAACGAGAGAUUGGUCUUCCUAGACACAAACAACUGGGUGCGCUCCUCGGAAGUCAACACUGCAGACGCACAGCCCGUACGCCACUUCUUUAUUCCGAAUGACUGGGUGAGCCUUGUACGAGGCUUAGUGGUGGACGUCGGUCACAACGGCGAAAUCAUAUUCGUCAAGCGGGGAGAGCUGUUAGUCAUCAAACGUGGACUGGACAUGACAGAUCAAGGUGUACUUACGCCAAGAAAGAGAAGUAUGAGUCCUAGAAGCGCCAUGUUCGGAGGACUCGCGCAUCGCACAAUUAGUCAAUGA